AUGACGGCAGUGUGUGUGACCAGGGCUCUCAGCCUUGACCCCCACUACAGCUCGCGCUGGAGCCCGCAAGACAGCUCAGACAGCUGCGGUGAGGAAGAGGAGGCCCCGCCCACCCCCCAGAGGCUCACGCCCCUAGAGCAGCUGCACCUGGACAUGCGGCAGGAUGAAAAGACGGUGCGGGAACUGACCGUGGGCCGUAGGGUUGGCUUCUACAAGGUGCGCGGCGAGAUCGGCUGCGGCAACUUCUCGCGCGUCAAGCUGGGCAUCCAUGUCCUCACCAAAGACAAAGUGGCCAUAAAGAUCCUGGACAAGACAAGGCUGGAGCCCAAGACGCAGCGCUUCCUGUCACGGGAGAUCUCCAGCAUGGAGCGCCUGCACCACCCCAACAUCAUCCAGCUGUACGAGGUGGUGGAGACACUGUCGCGGCUGUACCUGGUCAUGGAGUAUGCAGCGGGCGGAGAGCUGCACACACGGAUCAGCACCGAGGGGCGCCUUUCCGACACAGACAGCAAGAUUGUCUUCUCUCAGAUCCUGGCGGCUGUCAAGCACAUGCACGAGAACGGCGUUGUUCACCGGGACCUGAAGGCCGAGAACGUGUUCUGCUGCCACGGCGGCCUGGUCAAGGUGGGCGACUUCGGCUUCAGCACAUUCAGCCGCCGCGACGAGAUGCUGGACACGUUCUGCGGUUCUCCACCGUACGCAGCGCCUGAGCUCUUUCGCGAUGAGCGCUACGUGGGCAUCUACGUGGAUGUGUGGGCACUCGGCGUGAUUCUUUUCUUCAUGGUGACAGGCACCAUGCCCUUCCGGGCUGAGACCGUGCCCAAGCUGCGGCGACUCAUUCUGGAGGGUGCCUACGCCAUGCCGCCCUGGGUGCCGAGGGCGUGUCGCCGCCUCAUCCAGGGGCUGCUGCACCCACAGCCAUCCGAGCGCUGGGCCCUCGACCAGAGCAUGGGCUGCGAGUGGCUGCUACCCGUGGAGAUGCCGCGACCGCCAGCACCCCUGCGCCUCGACCCGCAGCACCUGGCCUCGGCGCGGCCUGAUGAGCUGGAUGACGAGGAGGCGGAGGUGCGUGAGGCCCUGGAGGCACUGGGGGUCACGGCCGAGCACAUUCGCAACAACCAGGGCCACAGCAGCCGCAGUGCUAUCACGGGCCUCUACCGCAUCCUCCUGCACGGCGCCCACCGGAGGCGCAUCGCGGAGCUGCCUCCCGCCAUCAUGCAGCUCACAUCGGACCCUAGGAUGGAACGCCUGCGUGCCUACAGGCACACGUCCAAGCUGUGCACCGUGAGCUGA